AUGUAUGAUAUUUCUGUGUUGAAAUCAACACCUCAUCGGCUAUUAGUACAUGAUGGGUCUGGAAGGAAAGAGUUGCCUGUUUCCCCAGUGAAGAUGCUGGCAGGUCGGGAGGCUAAUUGUUCGGGACGGGGAAGAUUUUCUUCUGCUGAUCGGUGUCAUAUGUUGAGUAGAUAUUUGCCUGUAAAUGGUCCUUGGCUUAUUGACCAAAUGCCGAGUCGAGCAUAUGUGUCUCAGUUUUCAGCUGAUGGUUGUCUUUUUGUUGCUGGGUUCCAAGGAAAUAUCAUAAAAAUAUACAAUGUGGAGAAAGGUUGGAAAGUUCAAAAAAAUAUUCUAACCAAGAGUUUGAGAUGGACAAUCACUGAUACUUCUCUUUCCCCUGAUCAACGCAGUCUUGUUUAUGCCAGCAUGUCGCCUAUUGUACACAUUGUAAAUGUUGGAUCAUCUGAAACUGAGUCACUAGCAAAUGUGACGGAGAUCCACGACGGUUUAGAUUUUUCAUCAAAUGAUGAUGGAGGAUACUCUUUUGGAAUUUUCUCUGUGAAAUUCUCAACAGAUGGGAGAGAAUUAGUAGCAGGAACUAGUGGUGAUUCUUUAGUUGUAUACGAUCUUGAAGCAAAUAAGGUUUCACUUCGAAUUCUAGCGCACGCGGCUGAUGUAAAUACUGUAUGUUUUGCUGAUGAAACUGGCCAUCUUAUUUACUCUGGAAGUGAUGAUAGUUUCUGCAAGGUUUGGGAUCGGCGUUGCUUAAAUGCUAAAGGCAAGCCAGCAGGGGUUUUGAUGGGGCACCUUGAGGGCAUUACAUUUAUUGACUCCCGUGGAGAUGGACGCUAUUUCAUUUCUAACGGUAAAGAUCAGACCAUAAAACUUUGGGAUUUGCGCAAAAUCUCGUCCAAUGUUACCUGUAAUCAUGGACAGAAAAGUUUUGAAUGGGAUUACAGAUGGAUGGAUUACCCGCCACAAGCAAAAGACUUGAAUCAUCCUUGUGAUCAGUCAGUUGCUACAUAUAGAGGCCAUUCAGUCUUACGCACUCUUGUCCGCUGCUUUUUCUCUCCAGCUUUUAGCACUGGCCAAAAGUACAUCUAUACCGGAUCACACAACGCAUGUGUUUAUGUAUAUGAUUUGGUGACUGGAGCACAAGUUGCAACACUGAAGCACCAUAAAUCACCUGUAAGAGAUUGUAGUUGGCACCCUUUCCAGACUAUGCUUGUUAGUUCGUCUUGGGACGGGGAUGUUGUAAAAUGGGAAUCUUCUGGAAGCUCUGAUGUAGCUGCCUCUUUGGUUAAAAAGAAGAGCAUAUACAAAAGACAUUUUUUUGAAGAUUACCUAUGA